GCAUUGGCAUUGUGCUGGUCUGGGAAUGUGUUGGCGAUUCUGUGCAGACGUGACUGGGAAACAACUUUAGUUGGACACACAGCGUCUAUGAGGCUGCAGAGCGAGACGACAAUGUAAAGAUAUUGCAGAAAGAGAGCAAGAGAAACACGCAAACCAAAGGGAUUGGCAGAGUUUUGGAUGAAGAUUUUAUUUUUUUGUAGUUGUUGAUUUGUGGCAAACAGCAAUGGAAAAUUCAUAUGACGAAACUGAAGAUGAACGGCAGGAGAAACGAGGUUGUUUUGAGUGCUGUAUUAAAUGUCUGGGUGGAGUGCCAUACGCAUCUCUGGUGGCCACGAUCCUGUGUUUCUCCGGUGUGGCUCUGUUCUGUGGAUGUGGACACGUGGCUCUGACCGGAACCAUGACCAUCCUGGAAAACCACUUCUCCAGAAUCACCGCUGACCACGCCAUGCUGACCGACAUAGUUCAGCUCAUGCAGUACGUCAUUUACGGCAUCGCCUCCUUCUUCUUCCUGUACGGCAUCAUUCUGCUGGCCGAGGGAUUUUACACCACCAGCGCGGUAAAGGAGCUGCACAGCGAGUUCAAGACCACCGUCUGCGGGCGCUGCAUCAGCGGGAUGUUUGUGUUUCUGACGUAUAUCCUGGGCAUCGCGUGGCUCGGGGUCUUCGGCUUCUCUGCGGUGCCUGUGUUUCUCUUCUACAACAUGUGGUCGACCUGCGCAGCCAUGCGUUCACCGGUGGCCAACCUGACCUCCAUCGACAGCAUCUGUGUGGACGUCCGUCAGUACGGUAUUAUUCCUUGGAACGCAACACCGGGCAAAGCAUGCGGCUCAACACUGGGGGACAUUUGCAACACCAGCGAGUUCUAUCUGUCUUAUCAUCUGUAUAUUGUGGCCUGUGCCGGAGCCGGAGCCACAGUCAUCGCUCUGAUCCAUUUCCUAAUGAUCCUUUCCGCAAACUGGGCUUAUCUAAAGGACGCCAGUCACUUACACUCGUAUCAGGACAUCAAACUGAAGGAGGAGCGCGAGCUGCAGGACAUCCAGUCCCGCUCCAAAGACUGUCUGCACUCGUACUCGUGAGGAGGAUCAGCAGCGCCACUAAACACAGCUAACUAACACACUAACACACACACACACACACAGCGCUGCUCUCUCUCUCUCUCGCUCUCUUUCUAUUGGCCCUUGAGUUUCAAACGUUGCACUAUUUCACACACUCCGAGCAGAGCAGACUGUGUUCAUUCCUGACCUGAUCAUGCAUAUUAAAGUCAUUCAAAUGCACAUGCUUGUUGAGGAGGAAACUGGGGGUGAUGGUGUGGAGCACUAAAGCAGAUGCAUGGGGGGGUUUUUUGGGAAUUGGCUAAAACUAAAAUAAUUCUGGUGCGGCUUGAAAUCAGGCGUUUGUAUUUUAUACCAAAAACCAUCGGGAUAUUGAGUAAAGAUGAUGUACCACCGCAAAACAAUUAGAGUUUUUGGUCUCGUUUUUAGUCCAAAUAUCCAACAAUUCUGAAAUCAAGAAGCAUUUUCUAGACAAGUCAAUAAUAUUGUUGUGUUUUUAGAAAUAAUAUGUUAACAUUAGGUGGGUUUUUACUGAAAACAAGCUAAAUAAUCUGCCAAUAAUUGUCGAAAACAUGCGAAAACAUGAUUCUUUUGCUUGUUUUAAGGAAAAACUCACUUUAUUUCUGAAAACAAAACAUCUUUCUCACUCUCUUUCUGUCGUCCUGUCACACACACACACACACACACACACACACACACUGACCUGAAAUAAAACCCUGCGUAUUAAAAUCCUCCAAAUGCACAUGUCUGCUGCAGAUGAUGUGAAUCUGAAGCACUAAAGCAGUGGCACGGGUGUAUUUUGGAGGGGGGGAUUGGCUAAAAUGAUAUUGGUGUGGGUUGAAAUCCUGCAUUUUUAUUUCAUGCCAGAAAUCAUUAGGAUAUUACGUGAAGACGAUGUUCCCACUGCAAAAGAAAAAGAUUUACUCAGAGUUUCUGUCUUGUUUGCAGUCUAAAAUAUCUCAAAAUUCUUAAAUCAAGAAGCCUUUUCUGGACAAAAUAUAGUCUUGUUUUCAGAAAUAGAGUCAAAAUGAAGUUUACUUAAAACAAGCUAAAUAACCAGCCAAUGGGAGAAGCAGAAUAAUGUUAUCUCAAAGUGAAAACAAGAUUAUUUCUCUUUCCCCAUGGUCAGAUUAGUUAAUCAUAAUUCCUUGCAUGUCUGUAGCGCUUUUCUGGACACUCAAAGCUCUUUACACAUUGGGGGGGUGUUAAUCUCCUCUUCCACCACCAGUGUGCAGCAUCUACAUGGAUGACAGCAGGCAUAUUGCACCACCCCACACACCAGCUGAUUGGUGGAGAGGAGUGAUGAAGCCAAUUAUGAUAUGGGUUACUGCGUUCACACUGAAAGCGGUGAGAGCGUCACAGGUUGGAAGCUGUCUGCCUUCAGCUCCGGCGGCGAGAGCAUCAGAAUUCGCUACACUGAUCUCGUAUUUAAAGGAGCUGUUGCAGCAUAUCAGUGACAUUCCUGCAUAAAGCAUGCUUUCUAGCGUGAAAAUGUUGCGCACUUCUUCUCAAAUUCAUUUAAUAAAGGAAGAUCAAGUGUCAUGUGGUGUGGCUUUGCUCCACUUAAUUAUCCAAUGUGUCCAUGUGUCUGAAAUAUCCUGAAGCAGCCAUACUGUUUUGUACUGUCGCGUGAGAUUCCGGCUUUUUUAAAGAUAAAUACUGUAUAUAUAACAUUAUUGCACAUCAGUAACUUAUUUAAUGCAUGUUCCUGUAAGAAAACAUUGUAAUUAAUUGGAAAUCCUGCGACCGCAAUAAUCAAUUCCCUGGGAACAACUGUGUUCAGAACCAAAGUUCACAGGUGUGUGUUCUCUGAACUCCUCAAGCGGUGGACUUCUUCAUUCUGAUUGCUUGCCGCUGAACUGCGUCAUAGCUCAUUACCAUAAAGUUAACAUGAUUUCAACUCUCCUUGAUGCCCACACCAGUGGAGAUGCACCACACUGCUCCUCGCCGCUUAACGCCGCCGGCUCUCAUUGAAAAUGAAUGACUUCCGGCUACUUUGAUGCUCUUUCUGCUUCCGGUGUGAAUGUACGGUUAGAGUUACGUGAGGCAAUGAUGGGCAGAGGUCAGUGGGUAAAUUUGGCCAGGAUGCCAGGAUUAAAGCCCUACUCUCCACAGACAGUCAGGACCUUGGUUUAACAUCUCAGUGAGCAGUAUAGAGUCCACAUUAAUAUACUGGAGUGUUAGGACCCACUUAGACCGCAGGUUGAGCCCCCUGCUGGCCUCACUAACACUACCUCCCCAUAUGGUCUCUCAUCCAGGUACUUUUUUUUAUUGCUUGUCUAUAAAAUGCUUCCUGAUUUAAGAGUUUGUAGAUAUUUGGACUGGAAACACAAGAAGAAACAGCUUUUUUUCAGUUUGAUGAAGACAUUGUUUUUAUUUGUGUAUUUCUUCUCAUGUGAACACUCUGAUUCCAGAUUUUCUGAUUGUUAUAUCUCGAUCAGAUAUUGCCCAAACAGGCAAUAUUUCCUAAAAUUGACACGUGCGCCUGAUUCACAUGAGGCUUCAGCGUCAACGCUUGAUGUACGGCGUGUCUAAUGUUGGGGCUGUUGCGUUCAUCAUAGCAGCGUCAGCCAAUGAAAUCAGUCUGCAAUCGUCUACUGUCUGAUCUGGGGUAUUUGCAUAAAGCGAUCUGAUUGGCUGACGCGUAACCUAUUCAAAGUGAGUAGGAAGCAAUGACAUGUGAAUUGGGCAUUAUGACUGGUUUUCAGGGUCACAGUUAUGCAAUACAAACAAAUCAAUAAAUGAAAACCAUUCUCACAAUCCUGACUUUCUCUCCUUUGCAGUUUUACAUCUUGAUUUUUUAGUAACUGGUCUUCUGUACAUUUAAAAACUAGUGAAUAAGUGCAGGAAUUAGUCUCCAAAACACUUUGAGAAAUAGUCUGAAGUGAGGAAUCCAGAUGAAAUGCUCUUCUUCUUCACUGAUUUCCAGGUUUUUCCUCAGUAGUUGACGUUUGUAUUUUUAUAAGCUAAACUUUUCUCUCUUUAAAUUGCCACUGUCUUUUCUGUUCUGAAUUUCCUCCAUUUUGACCUUUUGAUUUUUCAUUAAUUUAUAAACUUGCACAUGUAGCAUGUAAUUAUAACAAAAGUUUCACUGCAAGAGAAGACCGAUUUCUCCCCUUCUUUCUUGCAAAACCAAAUGUAAGAGUUUUUCCUCAGAACUGAGUUUUUAAUCCUCCAGUUUCAGGUUAUGAAGCUACUAUUAGACUUUAUUUGCUCAGAAAUGGACUUUUUUUGUUUUGUUUUUGCGACUGUAAAUUUACAGCCUAAAAACUCAAGAUAUAAAGUCAGAAGUGCAGAAGUAAAGUCAGAAUUGUGAUAAAGUACAUCAACAACACAACAGAAAUGCAGAACCCUUUUUUUCCUCUUCUUAAUUCUGAGUUUAGUCAGAUCUUCAUUACUUCAUAAGUGUGAUCUAAAUGUAGAAUUGUGAAGGAAACGUUUAACAUCUGACAUUUGCAAUGAAAAAGCCUCCAUACAGAUCAAUUCAUAUUUUCAGAUUUGCAUGAUAAUAAACAUGUGCACCUGCAUUAUUAGCAUGCAAACGAGUUCAAAACAUCCAAAAGUGAGGGUUGGUGUUGAUCUGCUGCUGUUAUUAUCAUCUGUGCUGUGCAAUAUUAAUAUCUGCUGCAGAACAUCAUGCUGUCUGAUUUAAUGUUUAAUUGAGCAAACGAAUCUAUACUUUUAUUGCAAUUUUCUGCAAACCUUUUAGAAUUCAAUGCAUGCUUCUUUAGAAACAGCAGCACAUUUGUGGUGCAGAGAUGUGUGUGUGUGUUUUCUGUGCACAUACACACUGUUCACACUGCAGAAACACAAUGCUUCACUACCUCACAGUCAGCAAACCUUCAGCAUUGAUUUACUGUCCAGCAAUGAAGAAAACGCCAUACUUUCUCUUCUGUUCUGCAUUAGGUACAAACUUUUUUUCUGUCAUUUUAAGCUCGAUUAGCUCCAGUGUAAUGCAGUUGUGUGGCAAACCUGACACUGCUGGUCUAAAUACUUCAGUAUAUUUUUUGUAUUAAAGAUUUGAGAUUUGGUUUUGUAGUGUGUGUGUGUGUGUAUUAGAGACACCGCAGAUGCGCAUCUCUGGACGUUCCUCAGUUUACAGAUUUGUUUUUUCAGAUGUAAGAGUUUCAUCAGAGUGACCUGAAAUCAACAGAAGCUCUGAAACUAAUAAAAGCUGAGGGAAAUAAUUAGUUUAAAAACUGUUUGGUUUCUUUUUCUCACAAAAACAAACAACAAACCAAUCUUAACUUAUUUUUUUCCUGCAGUUUUUGUUUUUCCUUUUAAAAGUUUCAUUUUUUUUCUCAAUUGACUCAAUUUUUGGAUUCUUUUCAAAAGCUUUGUGUGUCUAAAACUAUUAUUUUAGAGAGAAACCCCCCCAGAAAAUUCUAAAUUAUGACACGUUUUUACCUCUUGAGGAAAAAAACAAACAAAAUUUUGGGAAAGAAAUC